UCGCGCAUGACAACUCUAUCAUGAGGAAGAAGAGGAGGAUAUCAACUUUUAGAGAAGAAUUUUAGUAAAGUUAAAGCUUAAAAAAUGUAAAUUGCAAUGAACCAAAAGCUGUAAAUAGGGCAAUGCAACGAGAACGCGAGCAACGUGAAAUUCACAUGUGAGUGGUGAGCGCGGGAAAAACGCGUAUCGCGGCGGCAGCAGCAACAACAACAGACCGACCGUCCGUCGUCGGACGUCGAAUAUAUAUCGUAUCCAAUUGCAAUUGUUGCAAUUCGAUGAACAAUUCAACCGUAUUAACAUUAUUGGCCCGAAGAAUAAGUGAAAGUGAACUGGCAUAACAAUAAUAUGGAACAGGUCGACUCCUCCACCGAGCUGCACCUGAACAGGAAAGAUCUGGCCGCGCUGGCCGAUGAUGUUGUGAAAGAAGAGGUGAUAUUAGAAAGCCCGGGCCAUCACCAUCAUCAUCAUCACCAUCAGUUGGACUCCAAGGUUCGCAUGGUCACAUCCUCCUCCAACGACAACAGCGGCAGCGGCGGCGCCAGUGGCGGAACGAGCGGAGCGGGCGGAGGCGGAGUAGUUUCGGUGCCCGUAUCCUUGCCCAUCGGAUCAAUGUUAACCGGCACCACCUUCAAUGUGAUCACGCCCGACCAGCUGCCCCACUUCAAGCCGAUGCUGUGCGUCGACAACAAUGGCUACCUGUCCGGCAGCACGGUCGUCAUCCAGCAGCAGCAGACGCAACCAGGCGGCGGUGGUGGCGGCGCCAACAGUGCGGGCACCAAUACGACCGCCACCAAUACGAUUGGACUGAACCAUGAUGGCUCCGGGAGCAACAAUAGCCACGAUAGCCUGGCCACCUUAGAGCACGCCACCGGCGGAGCGAGUGGCGUUGGUGGCGGCGGCGGCGGGACGGGAGGUGGCUCUUCGGGCUGGUCUGAGAACCCGUCCACCCAGCACAUGGAGGUCUUCCAAAUCCGUUGCAAAACCACCUGCGCCGAGCUGUAUCGCAGCAAACUGGGCUCCGGCGGCCGUGGACGCUGCGUUAAAUACAAGGACAAGUGGCACACCCCCAGUGAAUUUGAGCACGUUUGCGGCCGGGGCUCCAGUAAGGAUUGGAAGCGGUCUAUCAAGUACGGCGGCAAGUCGCUGCAGUCCCUCAUCGAUGAGGGCACGCUCACGCCGCACGCGACCAACUGCAGCUGCACGGUCUGUUGUGACGACGAAGCAGGUGAGUCAGCAUCCGGCCCUGUCCGACUCUUCACGCCCUACAAGCGGCGGAAGCGGAAUCAAACUGAUCUCGAUAUGGAGCCAGGACCCAAACGCAAGCGUAAUGCCCAUCACAGUAACAACAACAACAGUAAUACCAAUAACAACAACACAAGCGGGAGUGGAGCCAACAAUUGUGUAGAUGUGACCUCCGCUGCUGUGGCCGCAGCAACAGCCAGCGUGGUGGACGAGAACAACAUGUUCCUGGCGGACGAGAACAUCACGUCCAAGGACGAGCCGUGGGCUGCACUUAACGACAGCCUGGACACCUCCACCGAGCUGGUCGACCAGUCCCAGAUGGGCAAUACCUACGAACGAGAAACGUUUGUGGUAAACAUCAACGAUGGGUCCUCCAUCGCCGUCCUGGACACCAGUCAAUCGAUGAAGAACAUCGAGCAUGUGUACUGCACCAUGGUCAAGGCGACCAAUGAUUUCAAGCGCCUGAUGAACGACAUGAAACAGUCAUAUGAGCGUCGCCUCGAGGUUCUGCAGAAGGAGCGCGAUGCGGCGGUCAGUGCAAUGCGUGUUCAGGUGCACGCCGACAUCGACGACCCGAAUAUAUCCGGUUCCCUGCAUGGCAACGAGAUCAUUUCGGCCAAGAAGUGCGCCAACUGUAACCGUGAAGCAUUGGCUGAGUGCUCUCUAUGCCGAAAGACGCCGUACUGUUCAGAGUUCUGCCAGCGGAAGGAUUGGAAUGCUCAUCAGGUGGAGUGCACAAGAAAUCCACAAACGACAACGCAACAGGUCAUGCUGUUGAUCGACGAUCAGUCCUAAGCAACGUAACGAAUUGUACAUACAAAUUUUACUACUAAUUAAUACGAUUAUAGGAAGUUCCCCCUAAAGUCCCAUAUGAACGGUCCAGGCCAUCCACCUGUAGUCCACUCCCAAUCCCACUCUCCUCGAUCCCCAUUAGCGAGCCUGCAUCCUUUUAGACUUAUGUCCUAUAUUAAUGUAAUUCUUAACGUACAUAUAACUAUAUAAAUAUACGAGUAUAUACAUUUUACUAUUGAACGUAGGGCAAGCCGGCAAAAAAAAAAAACAAAAACAAGCGAAACGAAAAUAAAAUUAAUUAAAAAAAGAGAAAAAUGUAGCAAGCGAAAAUCAAAGCAAGUGCAAAGGCGUAGAUAAUUAAUUAAGCUACGAUUUGAAAAUAACAGAAAACUAAACCGAUUACUUGUAAUUCAAUUUAAAUUAAAUUAAAUUAAUAAUAGUUGCAAAGCGCAUAGCAUAACUAACAAGAGACCCCAAACAUCAAAAUCCCCAGCACCCCAUAAAAACACACACAAUCACCCACAGUGAAUAAAAAAAACUAGAAGAAACCUAAGCGAAGAAAAAAAUUCUGAAAUUAGCAUACAUAUUCGUCUAUGUAUACACUUUUCAUUAGACUCUAAGCGCAUAGUUAAACUUUUAACAUUUUACAAUUAUAAUUUUAUGGAUACUACUGCCCGUUACAAGCAUCCAAUAAAGAUUUCAAACAAGCAAAAACAUCCACAGUACGAAGUAAAUGCAAUCCGAAUUCCAAUUACAUGUAUUCUCUCACAGUUAUCGAACCGAAAUGUAAACAUAUAGCUGAAAAUCGAAAAACAACAUAAUACAGUUUGUUAGCCGUGUGUAUAUGUGUCUCGUAGGGUUUUCACCGUUCUCCCAAAUGUAAAGUUUUUGCCUUCACCCCCACUCCCAGCUGAUGUAACAAUUCUUAUAGUCUGUAGUCUUCAUAUGCUAAUACAUUUAUAUAUGUAGUAUAUAUAAAUAUAAUGAUACUUUAAACAAAUAGCUAUAUAUUCCGAUUCACGCACACACCCGUCACGUACACAGAGAAAAACCACAACCGAAACACACACACACGUCACAUUUGCGACAUAUCGCAGAUGCAAAGCAAUUUACUUUCGAUUUUGAGGCUCCCCGCCUGAGCAAACCAAUUUGAAAUCUUUAUUUUCAUGUCUGUAAUGGUUUCGGAUGUUGCAUUCAAUUAAAACCAAACAACGCUGUUUAGCUACACUGCAAAAAAAGGAACAACCAGAAAAACAGCCACUCACACACAACACAAAUCAAAACUUGAGCGCAAGUGCAGAUAGAGAGAUAGCGAGAGAAGUGCAGAUGAAAAGAUCAACAAAAAUAUAUACAUACAUUUAAAUGUACAAAGCCUA